GAACUACCCAACCUGAAUAAACAAACCCACCAUCUCCAUUUCCAUGUCCAUUCUGUGAAUUCAAUGGCUGCCUCAGAAAACUAAUCAACCAACCCUCCUCCUCCUCCUCCUUCGGCCCACCCCUCUAGUCUCUCCUUUCUGCAAGUUCCGGCUGACCCUUCACCAGUCUGCUCGCAGAGAUCCCAUCCUUUCUCCACCAUGAAGAAGCAGAAGACGGCCCACCGCGGACAGGAGCUGGGGCAGGAGCUCAAGCUCAACCCCUUCGAUUUUCUCUCGGAGGAGAUCGUCUUCACCAUCCUAGACCUCCUCGGCGACAACCCACUUGACAAGAAGUCAUUCUCCCUCGUCUGCAAGUCCUUCUACUCCAUCGAGUCCAGCCACCGCCGCGCACUCCGCCCGCUCCGCCCCGACCACCUCCCCAAGAUCCUCGCCCGCUACCCCAACACGGCGCGCCUCGACCUCACCCUCUGCCCCCGGGUCACCGACGCGUCCCUCGCGGUGGUGUCCAGCUCGUGCGGGCCCUGCCUCCGCUCCAUCGAUCUGUCCAGGUCGAGAUUCUUCUCCGCGACGGGGCUCUCGCAGCUGGCCGCCAGGUGCGGGAACCUGGUGGAGGUCGACCUGUCGAAUGCGAGGGAGCUUCGGGACCCCGGUGCGGCAGCGCUGUCGGGAUUGAGGAACCUCGAAAGGCUGUGGCUUGGGAGGUGUAAGCUGAUCACCGACAUGGGCGUUGGGUGUAUCGCGGUCGGCUGCCGGAAGCUGAAGCUGCUGAGCUUGAAAUGGUGCCUUGGGGUUGGUGACUUGGGGGUGGGGUUAGUUGCCGUUAAGUGUAGGGAGAUCAGGAACCUUGAUUUGUCUUACCUCCCGAUUUCAAACAAAUGUUUACCGUCCAUCAUGAAGUUGCCGUAUCUUGAGGAUUUGAUACUGGAAGGGUGUUUUGGUAUUGACGACAACAGUCUUGCUGCAGUUAAACAAGGUUGCAAGUCACUCAAGGCCCUUGAUAUUUCGAGCUGUCAGAACAUAAGUCAUGUCGGGCUAUCCUCCAUAGCAAGCAGCACCGAAGGUCUACAGCAACUCACCCUCGCAUACGGGUCACCGGUCACUGCUCCUCUUGCUGCGAGCUUAAAGAAACUAAUCAUGCUGCAAUCGAUCAAAUUAGAUGGCUGCUCGGUCACAUGUUCUGGCCUGAAAGCCAUAGGGAGCUGCUUUGUUUCAUUGAGAGAGCUGAGCUUAAGUAAAUGCUCCGGGGUGACCGAUGAAGGAUUCUCCUUCCUUGUGACGAGACAGAAGCAGUUGAAGAAGCUCGACAUCACUUGCUGUCGCCAAAUAACCGAUGUUUCUAUAGCCCAUGUCACAAGCUCUUGUACAGGUCUCACUUCACUCAGAAUGGAGUCCUGCUGUCUUGUCUCAAAAGAGGCGUUCGUCUUGAUUGGUCAGCGAUGCCAUUCCCUCGAGGAGCUUGACCUGACUGAUAAUGAAGUUGAUGAUGAAGGCCUCAAAUCCAUUGGAAGAUGUUCCAGACUCACUGUUUUGAAGCUAGGAAUUUGCCUGAACAUUACCGAUGAAGGGCUGACACAUAUUGGCAGAUCCUGCUCAAAGCUUGUAGAGCUUGAUUUAUACCGGUCUGCAGGAAUAUCCGGGUCGGGCAUUCAACCGAUUGCAUGUGGUUGUCCCAAUCUUGAGCUGAUCAACACGUCAUAUUGCUAUGCCAUCAAUGAUGCUGCCCUGAGGUCUCUCUCGAAAUGCAUGAGACUGAACACAUUAGAGUGCCGGGGAUGUCCACUCAUCACAUCCUUGGGUUUGGCGGCGAUUGCCAUUGGGUGCAAGCAACUCGCCAAGUUGGACAUAAAGAAAUGUCACCUCAUUGAUGAUGCCGGCAUGAUCCCACUCGCUCACUUCUCUCAGAACCUUCGGCAGAUAAACCUGUCAUACACUUCAGUGACAGAUCUGGGCCUCUCAUCUCUAGCCAGUAUAAGCUGUCUCCAGAGCAUGACGAUCUUGCACCUGAAGGGCCUGACCCCGUGGGGCCUAGCAGCAGCUCUCCUGGCCUGUGGGGGGCUAACGAAAGUGAAGCUCCAUGCCACCUUCAAAAUGCCCCUUCCCCAGAGCCUCUUCGAGCACUUGGAAACGCGGGGCUGCGUGUUUCACUGGAGAGACAAGGCCUUUCAGGUCCAAAUUCUAAAAGAAGCUGAAUUGGACCCGAAGUCUUGGAGACUGAAAUUGGAAGAUAUUGUGCCGUAGGAGAUUUUACAAGCUCUCUACUACGGGAUGAAGAGAAAUCAAGGAAUUGCAAAUUUGCUGAAGUCUUGUUUGCACUGAACUUAGGGUGGGUAUGCGUUUUUCCUAAGCGUCCUGCAGCAUAGAUAGCCGUUGCUGUGUGUGAUGUGGUCGGAGUAUAAAUGAACUCAGCUUUAAGUUCACUUACUCGGAAGAGUUUUUGAGCUCAGUUUGCAUUUAUACUGCUGCGAAAGAUUUUGUACCAUCUCCCUUAUCUGUCGGAGGUUCUUUUCCUUCCUAAUCAAGAACAAGAGAUGAAAUGGGAAAGAUUCGGCAAAUACUCUUCUCUUGA